AUGCUCCACGAAAUCCUCCUCGCCCUCUCCGGGCACCCCUCCCCUCUCCUCCGAACCGACGCUCCAGAAGCCGAUGCGCUAUCAUCGUCAGCAAUCUCGCCCCCGGAACGGGAGCUCCUAGCCACCGCCUCGCACCUGAGCGACCUGCACAUCAAGCUCCAAAGCUACACUGGCCCCAUCGCCGCCGAGCACCCGUCCACGAUAUGCCGCGCCGUCGCGACCGCGGUCCAGUCCGUCCACCUGGCGGCCUUCCAGCGCAAGGUGCUGGAGGUCGAGGAGACGAUUCUCAAAAAAGAUUCGAGUCUGGUGGGCGCGUAUAACAUUGUACCCCUGACGGCAGUUAUGGGCGAAUUUUCCGAGUGGACAAGGCGGAUGGAGUGGUUGUGGGAGAUUACCCAGUUCAUGCUGCGCAAGCAGCAGGGGCAGACGUGCCGUGGUGCGCAGCUUAUUGACCGUCUGCGCAGCGAGCUGCAAAGCGGUUAUGUGGAUAUCGAGAGGACAGCAAUGAGUCUUGUGUCGGUGGCAGAGACGGCGUGGCUGAAGCAGGUCUCUGCUUGGAUCCUCUAUGGACGGCUACCUACGUUUGGAGGCGGAGACUUUUUUAUCCAAAAGUCUGAUGGUAGCGACCACGAAUACAUCUCGGUGCCCUUGUUACUGCCCAACUUCGUGUCCCCCAAAACAGCGUCAUCGAUGCUCUUCAUCGGCAGGUCUCUGAACCAUGUCCGGGUCAAGAGCAGUAUUGAGUCCGGCCUUCAGGGGCUGGAUCAUCUCUCGUCGCAGUUGAAAGAGCUUGCUGCGUUGACAUUCCCGCUUGAUACGGCUAGCUUCUCGCGGUCCAUUACCGCCAUCCGGCUCACACUCUCGCGCACGAUCCUGCUAAAGUUGCUCCCGCUCACCAAAGUUGUGGAAGCGCUUCAGGUUCUGCGCGAAUUUUUCCUCUUGGGCCGCGGCGAGUUCGCCAUGGCGUUGACGCAGCAGGCGGACGAGAAACUUCGGAGCCGCUGGAAAAGGGCAGACAACCUUGCCUACGAAAAGCGCGAGGGCCUCGGCACCUUUGCUCUGAAGGAGGGCGAGGUUGCAGCCAUCCUAGCCAAGACCUGGGGAGCGAUGGGCUUGAUGCAGGGGCAGCACGCGGACGAAGACGAGGGGCUAGAAAUAGGACGAGAACUGUUACGGUUGAAUCUGACGAAAUCUAAGCCGGCGGCGCCGUUGAAGCUCGAAGCCAGCACUUCACAGCCGACGACCAAGACGCUGGCCACCACCCCUUUCCGCAACCUUUUGCUGUCUGUCCCCGUCGUCUUGACCAUGCAGAUUCCUUCGCCCCUGGACAUGUUCCUCACAUCAUCCGACCUUCAAAUCUACUCUACCAUCAACUCCUACCUACUUUCCAUCCGCAGGGCGCACAUCCGCCUCACCGAACUAUGGAAGAUUACCUCCUUACGUCGGCAUCACCCGGCACCUCCCGGUCCCCCGGCCGGUAGCAUUCGGGUAGGUCGAUCAAAAGUGGUGCUCCUGCGCCAGCGGCACACGACACGUUCGAAUGCUCUCCGCAGCGCAUGGGUCACUUGUAGUUCAGCAAUUUUCUUCCUCUCAGAAACGGAGGCAUAUCUACAGACGGAGGUUGUCGCGGGCCUCUGGGAUGGCUUCCAGUACUGGCUAACCCUGAGCGAGAAGAAGCCCGACCCCAAGGCCUCCUCUACCACAUCGCCAUCAAAGGCAACCCCCACACAGGCAUCAGAAGAUGAAGAGGACGACGAGGAGGAGGAGGAGGAUGACGACGACAUCUGGCUGGCUCAAAGCACGUCCAAUUUGAACGUGGCUCCCAAGACACCUGACCCGACACAGACCCGCGACCCCCAAAGCCUCGCCACCGCCCACAGGGCCUACCUCCGCGCCCUCUCAACGCGCUUGCUCCUCACCUUCCCGUCAUACACGGACCCGCUGUACAACCUACUCACACACACCGACCACCUCGUCGCCCUAACACAACGUCUUCACUCGGUGUGGACGUCAAUGGACCUCGAAGCCGACGCCGGCGUCGUUGACGCCUUUGUCGACCUCGAAAUCGAGGAGACGGACGUCCGCGCCGCGAUCCGCGAUGUGGAGAAGCAUGUCAAGGACGGCAUCCGCGAGGUCAUUGCGGCGCUGAGGUCGCUCGAAGCAGACCCGGCCGCUUUCGCGGACGAAGAAGAGGGCGGCGAGGAGGGCGUGCUCAGGGAAGAGGGCGAGUACGUCCCACGUCGCGUUGGCGGCGUGGAGAGACUCCUGAUGAAGCUUGACCUCGGGGGCUGGUUCGGCGAGAAAAAGGAUGAUUUGUUCGGCUUUAGCCAGUACUGA